AUGGGUCUCUUUGGCAAGAAAGACUCGCAAGAGCCUGCCACUGCUGUUGCUGAAGUCCGCCGCGCAUCAGUCGACAACCGUGCUCUCACUGGAGCAUCGGCCCUCACUGCUCGUCAAUCCAUCCUUCCCGUCACCUUGGUCACUUCGCUCUUCUUCUGCUGGGGUUUCGCAUAUGGACUCCUCGAUGUCUUGAACUCCCGUUUCCAAGUCGCGCUCAACAUCUCCCAGGGAGAGUCUUCUGGACUCCAGGCCGCAUACUUUGGCGCCUACUUCAUCGGUCCUCUGACCUACUCUGGAUGGUUUCUUCGCAAGUUCGGUUACCGAUGGACCUUCAUCCUCGGUCUCAGCAUCUACUGCGUCGGUGCGCUCAUGUUCUGGCCUGCGGCUGUGAAGCGAUCCUUCGGUGGUUUCUGCGGUGCCAUGUUCAUUGCCGGAUCCGGUCUCUCAACUCUUGAAGUCAGCGCCAACCCAUACAUUGCCGUCUGCGGUCCCCCCAAGUGGUCCGAGUUCCGUCUCGAGCUGUCUCAGUCCGUCCAGGCUGUUGGCUCCGUCGUUGCGCCCGUCCUCGCCGCCCAGGUCAUCUUCAAGAACGUCGGAGAGGAUGGAAAGUCCCUCGAGGCCGUCCAAUACGUGUAUCUUGCCAUUGCCGCCUUCGUUGCCAUUCUCGCCCUCGUCUUCUUCUUCGCUGGAAAGUACAUCCCCGAAGUCACCGACAGCGACAUGGCCGAGCAGGAAGAGACCACCGCCAGCAACGGCUACGUCGACAAGCCCCUCAGCAAGCAGUACACUCUCUUCUGGGGAACCUUUGCACAGUUCUCCUACGUUGCCGGCCAAGUCGGAUGCGCAGCCUACUACAUCAACUACUUCGCCGAGGCCUCCCCCCAACUGAGCACCACCGAGAGCCACCACAAGGGCGCCAACUUCUACGCCAUUGCGCAAUCCCUCUUCGCCAUCGGUCGUUUCGCCGCCGCGGGUAUCAUGUACUUUGGCGGCAAGCCGCGCUACGUGCUCCUCGCCUUCCAAACCUUCAUCAUGAUCUUCAUCUCCGCCGCCAUCGGCACCAACACGGGCAGCGCCACCAGCACAAACUGGGGCGGCAUCAGCAUGCUCAACCUCGUCCUCUUCUUCGAGUCCUGCAUCUUCCCCAUCAUCUUCGCUCUCACCCUCCGCGGUCUCGGUCGCCACACCAAGCGCGGUGCCUCCUUCCUCGUCUCCUCCGUCUGCGGCGGCGCCGUCGGCCCCGUUGUCCUCGGAAACGUCGCUGAUAUCAUCGGUACCCGAAAGGCUCUGUGCGUCCCCCUUGGCUUCUUCGCUAUCGCUUGGUCGUACCCUCUCUACCUCAACAUUGCAAAGGGCAAGGAGCUCGAUGCUUACACUGAGUCCCACGUCGGUACCGAGCAGGCUGCUCCCGACUCUGACUCUAUUUCUAUUGAGAAGGACCUUGAGGCCCGCACUUUUGAGACCAAGGCUUAA